AUGGAACUCAAACUGCACUCCCCUUCGGGGGCUGAGCCCGCCGUGUUUCGCUGGCCCCUAAAGGACAAACAGGACGGUGCCGUGGAGAUCGUGGAGACCAUUCGUUGUGUGUGCAACGACUUUCCAGAGAUCAGGACCGCUCUGGAAAAUCACGUUCUGAACGAUUACAAUACGCGCGAUUUCGAUAGCAUGCGGAGCCUAUGCGAACGCUACAACAAAGCAAUCGACUCGGUCUCGAAACUAUGGAAAGGCACAUCGGUCAGAAAAGAAACGAGACCGACCCUGCCUCUGCUUCGGCAUAUCCUGCAUAAAGUCUACAACCAGUCGGUGGACGACCCAGACCGACUAAAUUCGUACGAACCGUUCUCGCCACAGGUCUACGGCGAAACGUCGUUUGACUUCAUAGCACAAAUGAUCGAGGAAACGGAUUUCGAUGAAGAUACGAUAUUCGUCGAUCUGGGCAGCGGCGUCGGGCAGGUGAUCUUGCAGGUGGCUGCCAUGACCACCGUGAAGCAAUGCAUAGGAAUAGAGAAAGCCGAGACGCCGUGUCUGUAUGCGGAGCGAAUGGACGAAAACUUCAGGUUCUGGAUGCGCUGGUACGGCAAGUCGUACUCGGACUACAAACUCAUCCGGGGCGAUUUCCUGAGCGACAAAAAUCGGCACUAUAUCGAAAACGCGAGCAUCGUAUUUGCCAACAACUACACGUUUGGACCCACGGUCGACCACCAGUUGAAGGGAGUUUUCCAGGAGAUGAGCGACGGAUCGCGUAUCAUUUCGUCGAGAGCGUUCUGUCAUCUCCAGUUCCGGAUCACCGACCGCACUUUGUCUGACAUAGGAGCUAUGAUGCAUGUGCGAGAAGUUCAGCCUAAAAAGGGAUCAGUUUCAUGGACGGACAAACCCGUUUCCUACUACCUGCACUGCAUUGACCGAACCAAACUUCAGAGGUAUUUCGAAAGCAAAAAAAGCUCUGCCCUGACCGAAGGAGACGGAAAACGGAAACGUAAUCUGGUGAAUUACAACAUGGAGUCAUCGAACGGUAGCCUGUUCGACGAGGACUCUGAGGUGUUCGGACCCACAACCAGGCGAGCGUGGACCGAGUGGAUAAAAAACACUCGAAAUAUUAAGAAGAAUGGGAAUGGCAACCAAUCCUCGGGUCAUGAUGAAGAGGACGAACAAGAGCCGAAAAAACCCCAGCCUGGAAGACGAGGCAGGAAACCCGCUGCCGCGAGUGUCAACGCAGCUUCAGCCAAUGCAAAGCCCAAACCCCGAGGGAGACCCAAAGCGGGGCAGAAGAAAGGUUCUUCGAAAUCAUCGAAAUACGCUACCAAUCUCGAGAUUCUGCACAAUCAGACUCUGCUGAUGGCCGCACGAGACGUCGUGAACGCGAGUCCGCCCCCUGGCUGCGUCGAAGAGAAACUUCUGAGCUCCGACGACGAGGGGAACGAGUCGACAACGACUCCUUGCCGAUCGCCCGUGCAAACGUCCGCGCGGGUGACGUCGGAGAGCAACUCACCAGAAACGGAGAUCGAAGCUCUGCAAGAGGAUAAAUUCGACGACGUCGAGCAGCGCUUCAAUGACGAUCUCGAGCUGAUGUUGUCGAAUCUGCGCCAAGAGUACCGUACCCUGCUCUACCAGUUCCGCGAUUCUGCGAUGAGACGUGAAAUCGAGCGGCAGAUUGUCUUAGAACGGAAAAGACAGCUCGAACUGCAAACCAAGCACGACCAGCUCGACAAACAAGUCAGAAAUCUUCUGGAGGACAGCGUGACCUUGAUGAAAGCUCGGAUGUGUGAGCUGGACAUCCACGUGUCGGAACCUUCGCAGCUUCUGGCAAAAGCUAAGGAGAUCGUUGCUACACACAAGCAACUCCAAAUCCGGAGCAGCCGUCUGGAGCAUGAGGUCGCCCUAGCCGAGGAGCAGCAACGAGGUCUAAUUCUAGCCCGUCAGCAACAGCUCCUGACGACGACGGGGAGAACUCUCAGCAAGGAGCAACUACUCAAGGAGAUUUCGGCGUCGCUUUGUCUACGACGGAAUCCGACCGUACCCACAAGUCGAAGCCAAAAUGGAAAUACCCACAUGGACACUGAGCCCGAGAGCGAAAUAAGUCGUCCCGGCGAGGGAGAAACAAACGCUCACACCGAAUCGAAUGGUCCAACGACCGAGAGCAAUUCUGCUGGUCCCUCGCCGAAUUAUGCAGCCCCUCCCCACAUGGCGGUCCAGAAAGGCGGACAAUCAACAAACGGAUCAUCGAAUCACAUAGUGCCGCAGAGCACUAAUCCGCAGACGGCUCAACAAGGCAAUAUCGUGCUGAAUCUAGGCGAUCUCAUGCGGAACUCUCCUCAACACUCCACUCAUCAGACGUCGUCUUCAACCGGCCAUCACCACCAUCACCAUCAUCACCACCACCAUCACAGUCAUGAAGGACACAAUGCCAGUUCGAGUUCUGAGAAAGGAAGAGGAAAACAAAAGAGAAAACAUUCUCAGGACUCUCGUUCCAAGUGUUCCAUGACCCCGACGUCGGGUGGCGAGACGGGCGGUCCGAAUUCGCAGCCGAACCAGAGCUCAACGACGUCACCUGCUGAGGAGCCGCGAGCCGGCUCGAGCUCGAAGACCCAACAGCCUCAAGAGGAGAAGAAAAAAUGGGUUGUGGACACUCAAGCGAGUGGAGGCGUCUCGAUAAAAAUCAAAGCCUUGCCUCCGAAGAGCCCUCCGAAAGCUUCGAGCCCCGAAGCGGCGGCCCGCUCGCCUUCCCGAAGUUCAAGUUCUUCAGAUGGUUCGUCUUAUGCGCAUCGUCACAAAAAGUUCCGGGAGAAACGCCAUCACCACAAAAAGUUCUCUCGGCCAAACUCACCGGUAUCAACGCCGACACCCCCGGCGGUUCAGCCGCCGGCCGUUCAGGCUACGCCUACGCAUUUACCCCCAUCUCAACCUGUACUUCAGCAACAACAGCUAGUUCUACCGCAAGCCCAAGUAUCUCAAGCUUCUAUGGCUCCCCACAGCGCUCCGGCGCAUCCUGGGGCGAGUCGUGUUGCGCCCAGGACGGCCACUGCGAGUCAGCACAUGUCUCGGACUCCCGUGCAUCCUUCGGUGCAGCAAGGACUCGCCGCCCACGCGGCGGCCGCAGCCGCUGCCGCCGUCGCGGGUCACAGGGCCGGCGGAGUGAUGCCUCCACAUGCCCAGCAUUCUUCGAUGCCCAACUACGCGGCAGCGCACGGAACGCCAAGUUUGUUCGGAUCGCAUCCCCCCGGCAGCAUGCCGCCGAACGCGGCAAACUUCGCCCCUCCCCACACGCAAUUCACCCCCUCAAUACCCCCUAUUUAUCCGCCCCACACCUCCCCGGCACCUCAUCCCUAUUACCGUUCGAUGUAUUCCCAUAGACAAUAA